AACGAUCAAGUUGAAGUGGUCUUCACUUGCUUUUAGUAUACUUAGUAACCUCAAUAGAAGACCCUCCCGCCCGUGCAUUUCAAAGCAUGGAUAGUCCGCACUGCAAUCGACUAACAACAUGCCGCCGCCCGAAGUGCGAGGGUCUCAGUCCCAUACGCGUGCACCCGCAUGGACAUCUACGUCCCGCUUUCGAUGCGUCUUCACCACGCUCAUCUCGCUGUCUGUCGUGAGCGUCCUCGUCGUGUCGUCUCGGAUUGGUAUCCCCGCUCGCCUCAAGGGUCUUCAGUCGCCGCAUAUACUCACCACAACAGUGACGGAGAGAUCGCAGAGCACAGAUUAUGAUACAGCAGAGGUAAAAGACUCCAGCACCGACAAUGUCAUGAUCCCUCGCCUCAUCCACCAGUCGUGGAAGUCCGUUUACCGAAUCCCCACGCGAUUCCAUCCGUGGAUGAAGAGCUGGGUGGAAUUUCACCCGACAUGGACCUACGUCUUCUGGACCGACGCAGACAACCUCCGCUUAUUUGAGCUACUCUAUCCACAGUACCUACAUGUGGCCAAAGCUGUCAGGAAAGUGAGUCUAGCGGAUAUGGCACGUUAUGCGUUGCUGCACCAGGUAGGAGGACUGUACGUCGACGCGGAUUUCGAGUGUUUGCAGCCUUUUGACGACUUGCACCGAGAGAAUAAUCUAUUCCUCAGCUCCGAGCCACUUGUGCACUCAGUAUUGCUGGAGAAAUCCGAUUCUGCUGCACUGUGCAACGCUUUGAUGGCAUCUGCACCAAGGCACCCCUUCUGGCUGAGUGUACUAGACAAUAUCAAGAAGAAAUUCGACCGGGAACGCCUCAAAAGCGAUGCGGUGGAGCUCACAGGCCCUCGCAUGGUCAAGCAGACGUAUUUAUCUCCAAAUUCAACCUUCAACUUGAAAGGAUCGGACAUGGUCGUCUUCACGUCCGAGUAUUUCUACCCUGAGGUAGCAUAUUGGAACAUCGAGCCCAUGAAGACAGCAUGUCGACAGCGUCAUGAUGAUGCAGCAAAAGAAGCCUGUGCAUGGCUGCAGAGAUUCCCGAAAGGCGAGUUCACCAACAAGACCCACGCAACGCACCACUGGCAAUGCACGUGGUGUCGAGACGCGCAACUGAACGAAUUCGGCGCCCUCAGGGACAUCUUCGAGUCACCUCCCAUGCGGCCAAACAUCACAAUGACUGGCAUUGAGUUUGUUGUCCUGAAGUGAACGAGUGAGGCCAAGUUCAUAUACUGCACACUUCAGUAGAAUAGAAUAUUGUAUCUUCAAUUUUGACGCGUUUAAUUUCCA